UUUUGAUUUUACAGGAACAAACAAUAAACAGUAAACAAUAAUUACAAAUUAUAGCAGAAAUAUCAAAAAAAUUCCAAGGUUCUCAAAUAAAAUGAACGAAAGUAUUGGCGAAUAUGAAUUACAACUGCUGACGGUGGAAAAAGCCUUGUUAGUAAAUGAAAAUUCUGACGAGAGGAACGAACUGAUCGAGUUGAGAGAUAAUCUCAUAGAAUUAUUAGCCCUAACGGGAACAGCAAACGAUAAAGCAAGGCAGGACCAAGAUAUAGAAAACCAAUUAGCGCCAAUAAAGAAAAAGUAUGAUGAAAUGGUAGGGCAAAAAUGUUCCGCACCUCAUAAGCAUUUUUGGGGCGCAAUAGGUUAUCAUAACGCGUUAAUUAGUGGAGUUGAGGACACUGCUUAUGUGGACGAAGAUGGUAACGUGGAUGUAAAACUACGUGUACUUUUCACAAAUCCCACGCAUCGUGAAAUGCUGCCAUGCAAUUACUAUUUAGAAGGAAAUUGUCGUUUUAAUGAUGAGAAUUGUCAUUUUUCACACGGUGAAUGUGUUUCGGCUAACGCAUUACGCGAAUACAACGCACCAGAUUUUAAGCGUUUAGCAAGAAAUUGCAUUGUUCUAGCUAGACUACCGGAUCGGAUUUGGCAUCGUGGUCGGGUCUUGUGCGCUAACUUUGUUGAAAAAAUGUGCCUUGUUCGAUUAGAUGGGAAAGAAAAAAAUGAAAAGGAAAAAGAUUUUCUUUUCGAAGAUCUUUUGCCAAUUUUUCAGGAUGACGAUCUUUCAAGUGAUUAUUCCAGUGAUUCAGACACCAACUCUAAUUACGACUGGACUGCAUCUAGGACACUUAACAAUCUCUUUACUUAUCAUUUACAACCUCUAGGCGAAUGGGAAAAACACACAAAGGGUAUAGGUUCAAAGUUAAUGGCUAAAAUGGGUUACGUUUUCGGGACAGGCUUAGGUGCAAAUGGUGGCGGCAUUAUCACCCCAGUGGCAGCGCAAAUCUUACCACCAGGUCGUUCCUUAGACCAUUGCAUGGAGUUGCGUGAGGCUGCAAAUGGUGACAGAGAUCUAUUUAAUGUUGAGAAAAAAUUGCAAAGCGCCCAAAAAAAACAAGCUCUAUUAAACGCUAAAGCCUAUGAACGCGAAUGUCGUGUGGAUGUAUUUUCAUUUCUCAACGACAGUGUUCUUACUGGCGCUAAAGCCGAUGAGAAGUCGUCAUCUAAAUCGAAUGGAUCUUUUCAAAACCAUUCGGUAAAAUCGUUAAAUGUUGAAAGUGUGCGUGUUGCCGACGACAUAAAACGUAAAGAACGCGAAAUAGCCGAAGUACAAAAAUCAUUAAAACGUAAUAACGAUGGCACGGAAAUAUAUAAACGUUUAAAACAAACUUUGAUUACAAAAUCUCAAGAACUCCAUGCGUUAAAACGCGAAGAAACGUCCCUUUCCAAGGAGCAAGCUAAUAGAAAAACUAAAGAAAAAUUAUGCGUAUUUUAACAGAACGACUUCGGCUGUUCUUCUUCUAUCGAUAUAAACGGAGCAGCGUUUAUCUACCUCCGUUUUUAGUAAAUGCGCUUUAAGGCCGCUUUCUUGUGUACAACUCUGGAAGUCAAACCUUCUUCUUUCUGUUAUCCUAAUAGUUCGAAAUUAACAUAACCAAUAAAACCAACACUAUUUGUUUUCUAUCUAUAUAAAGUUUUCAAAGUUGUCUCAACAAGUUGAAUAAAGUGCCUUUGCUGAAGAGAUGCUAUAGAAGUGUGAAAAGCUAUUGUUGGGUUUCUCCUUACGAAUUCUCCGUACGAAUUCUUCAAUACAUUUG